AUGGCCUCAUUACCAACGUCUACUCCCUCUCUUCCCCCUAAUUCUACUGUCUAUGUCCGCAACCUAGAGGAACGCAUCAAGAUCGACCAACUCAAAGUGGCCUUGGAAGAGAUCUUCUCCGAGUAUGGCAACGUCGUGGAGAUCGUUGCGAAGACCAACCUGAAGGCCAAAGGCCAGGCGUUCAUUGUCUUUGACGACGUUGAAUCCGCGACCCGCGCAAUCGAGGAGGUGAACGGGUUUGAACUUUUCGACAAGCCGAUGGUCCUCGACUAUGCGAAAACCAAGAGCGAUGCAACCGUUCUGCGAGAGGGCGGCACAGAAGAGCUUGAGGUCCAUAAGCGGAGGCGGUUAGCAGAGAAGGAGCGCAAACAAGCCCACGAAGCUCUGGAAGCUCAGAAGAAGCUCAAGCGUCCCCCCGGCCCUGCCGACACAGCGCGUCCAGCCAAGGCAGUCAAGGGCGCCGGCCUCAAACCGACCACCGGUGCAGCGGCGGCAGUUAUCCCCGACGAGUACCUUCCUCCCAACAAGAUCCUUUUCGUGCGGGACUUGCCCGAUACCGCCGACCAAGAGAGCCUUACCGCUAUAUUUGGUCGGUUCGAAGGAUUCCAGGAAGUCAGAUUGGUUCCUGGCCGAAAAGGAAUCGCCUUCGUCGAGUACGAGAACGAGUCUGGUGCCAUCAGUGCGAAGGAGGCUACGGCCAACAUGCCUAUGGGGGACAACGGCAAGCCUAUCCGCGUCACCUACCAAAGACAGUGA